UAUGAUCCCACGUCAGAAAGAGCUUAAUAUAUCAUUUAAGAAAAAAACACAACUGCUAAUACUGCUAGCUCAUAGGCAUCCAGGACAGUGGACUAAAAACAGCCAAUCCUAAUCAGCAUUAGUAGGGUAUGGCAAGCUGUUUGCCACAUCUUAGGGAACAUUCAGAAGAAGCUGAUGGUAUAGACACAAUUUUAGCCAGCAGUGUCUGACCCAUACGAAGCUACCUGCCUUUCAGUUGGAAUACUCUCCUGGUAUGAAUCAAUCAGGACCCUUUAUUGUGUGAUCUGCUGAAAUUGAGAGCCACAGGAUUUGGUUUUCUGUAUCUGGAUUCCUGUUAUCUCUGUGGAGGAUACAGUGGAAAAAAAUGUGUGGAAGUAUGUAAAACUAUGCUUAAUUUCCCAGAGCUCUCUGGAACUCCAGCACAUUUCAUUUUUAGACUAUUCGUAUUCCAGGACCACUAAGCACAGCAAUGUGCUCCUUGUGACAUAAAAACGUGUUUUUACGAUCUAAAAAUACCUUUAAAUAGACUUGAAGCUUAAAUAACAUUACUGGAGAUAGAGUGGUGCUUUCCUACGCUGGCUGACUUUCUGUGUAUGUUUCCAAUGUAUAUUGCAGCACUGUCUACAGUGUGAGUGUAAGUGGGGAAGCAGUCAAAAUAAACAUUUUCAGACAGAAAAAAGCUUUAAAAAGGCUUCUAGUGAAGAUCAGUCUUCAAUCGGAUUAAUUCAGUAAAUGUACCAGAACAGUUUGUGAUGAAUCUCAACCAGUAUUGAAACUAGAAAUGAAGGAAGCCCUGAGCAGCCGGCGUGUGUGAAUUGUGCUACUGAUAUGUAGUUUCAACUAAUGACAGUUAAGAGCAUGGCUGUAGAAAAUAAGAAGUGGGAUACACCAAACAAUUCAUUUCAAAGUGAAGUAGAUGUUAAUUUUAGUAAUGAAACUCUAGGACUACUGAACAAUUUGAAUUUCAUCAAACCAAACACCCAUGGCUAAUUGUGGAGAAAACAAAUCUCGGCUACAUGACAUAUCAACAGAUAAAGAAGAACUCUUUCAAAAUGUUUUGACCCAGGUAGCUGAACAGUUUUCCAGGGCAUUCAAAAUAAAUGAGCUGAAAACAGAAGUCACAAAUCGACUGGCGAUGCUGGAGAAAAGAGUUGAAUUGGAGGGACUGAAGGUGGUGGAAAUAGAGAAGUGCAGAAGCGACAUCAAGAAGCUUCGUGAUGAAAUGGCUUCCAGAAACAACAGACUCUCUACUCCAAACAGCUUCCUAGAUGAGAACAAAAAGCUGACACCUCGGCGUGAUGUGCCUUCCUACCCCAAGUACAUGCUUUCUCAAGAGACCAUAGAGGCCCUUAGAAAACCAUCAUUUGACGUCUGGCUGUGGGAGUCCAAUGAGAUGCUGAGUUGCUUGGAACAUAUGUACCAUGACCUGGCGUUGGUGAAAGACUUUAAUAUUAAUCCAAUCACUUUGAAGAGAUGGCUGCUGUGUAUCCAUGACAACUACAGGAACAACCCUUUUCACAACUUCCGCCACUGCUUCUGUGUCACUCAGAUGAUGUACAGCAUGAUUCAUCUCUGCAGCCUGCAGGAGAAGUUCACUCAGGUGGACAUUCUGAUACUGAUGACAGCAGCAGUCUGCCAUGACCUGGACCAUCCUGGAUACAACAACACGUACCAGAUCAAUGCCCGCACGGAGCUGGCGGUGCGCUACAAUGACAUCUCACCCCUGGAGAAUCACCACUGUGCCAUUGCCUUCCAGAUCCUGGCACAGCCAGAGUGCAACAUCUUCUCCAACUUUGACCCAGAGUCUUUCAAAACGAUAAGACAGGGAACAAUAACUUUAAUUUUAGCCACAGACAUGGCCCGCCAUGGGGAGAUACUGGAUUCUUUCAAGCAGAAAGUGGACAACUUUGACUUUACUAAUGAAGAGCAUGUGACUUGUCUGAAGAUGGUGCUGAUCAAGUGCUGUGACAUUUCCAAUGAGGUCCGCCCAAUGGAAGUAGCUGAGCCCUGGGUGGACUGCCUGCUAGAGGAGUACUUCAUGCAGAGUGACAGAGAGAAGUUAGAAGGCCUUCCAGUUGCCCCUUUCAUGGAUAGAGACAAGGUGACCAAACCUACUGCUCAGAUUGGCUUCAUCAAGUUUGUCCUCAUCCCCAUGUUUGAGACAGUGAUGAAGUUGUUUCCCCAGAUUGAAGAGGUGAUGGUUCAGCCCCUGAGGGAAUCUCGCGAUCGCUAUGAGGAGCUCAAACAGAUUGAUGAUGCCAUGAAUGAGGUACAAAAAAAGAAAAGUGAGAGCUUAACGCUUGGGGGGAAGAAGAAGUAAGAGCAGAGUGCUCAAGGUGAAAGGUCAGAAGUGAACACCUACUUGGUUAAAGAUUUGUGGAAGCAGAACAGCUACAGUAGAUGAUCCAGACUGUCAUCAGGGGAUAUACCAAUGUACAGCAAAUCAGAGCUACUUCUUAACAUAAUUGUUUAGUUUAAUUCUUUUUUACAUACAUUUGUACAGUUUUAUAGUCUCUGUUUGUUCCAAAUAAAUAAUUUGCUUUAA